GUGGAUCCGCCUACCUGGCCCCGCCUACUUCUUCCAUAUUUAGUCUCGCCUACGCGUCAAGCGCUCGCGAUGUGCGGAUAUGACCCCGCUGAUUGGUGGAACCGGACGCCGCUCCCCGCUGUCGCCCCAAUUUCGCCGUCUCUAAUACGUCACCUUAACAAAGACGCUGGCCCGCCAACGCUGAUUGGUUGGGCCCGCCGUCGUGCCCUGCCCACUCGACGUCAUUCCCGCCAAACGGGAGGCGGUGCUUCGCGUGCCCCUGGUUGUUGAGUUCCGUUGCUGUGAUUGGCCGAGCCCGUGCCACCUUCCCCGCCUCUACCGUCGCGCCGUUUCCCAUCUGAUUGGACGGUCCCGUUCUGUCCCCGCCCACCAUUCGGCGUCACGCCGCGUUGACGCGCGUGCCCUCCCUGCUGAUUGGACCAACGCGCCGUCGCUCCCUGCCGCCCGCGCCGCCCCCUCUUAUUAAUAUGCGGAGUCGGCGCCGGCGAUUGGUCACCACCUCUUGCUCCCCUGCAACGUCACGAUACACGGUGGUACGUGACUCUUCCCCCUCCCCUCCCUCACUGUUUGGUCCUUGGGGUUGAAGGUGAAGGGUCGACCUAAUAUGGCCGCCUUGACCCCAUGUAGGAGCAGUGGGAACUGGAAGAGUUGGAGUUGCUGCCUGGUCUCUGCUUGAAGCCCUUAGAUUCUGUGUGCUGCGGCAAUGGGGACAGUGAGGGUCACCUUGGCACCCAAGGUCACCUCAAGGGUUGUUUGACCUCCUGCACUUUGUUUAUUUCCAGACUUGCUGCAUUUGCAGAGUUGGAGGAGGAAUUGGAGGUUUGGCUUGGUCCUUGUAGCUCCAGGAUUGGGGUUGGUCUCAGUAUCUCCAGGAUUGGGGUUGAUCCUUGUGUCUCCAGGGAUUGGGGUUGGUCUCUGUAUCUCCAGGGAUUGGGGUUGGUCUCUGUAUCUCCAGGAUUGGGGUUGAUCCUUGUGUCUCCAGGGAUUGGGGUUGAUCCUUGUAUCUCCAGGGAUUGGGGUUGAUCCUUGUAUCUCCAAGGAUUGGGGUUGGUCCUUGUAUCUCCAGGGAUUGGGGUUGGUCCUUGUAUCGCCAGGGAGUGGGGUUGAUCCUUGUAUCGCCAGGGAGUGGGGUUGAUCCUUGUAUCUCCAGGGAGUGGGGUUGAUCCUUGUAUCGCCAGGGAGUGGGGUUGAUCCUUGUAUCUCCAGGGAUUGGGGUUGAUCCUUGUAUCUCCAGGGAUUGGGGUUGAUCCUUGUAUCUCCAGGGAUUGGGGUUGAUCCUUGUCUCUCCAGGGAUUGGGGUUGAUCCUUGUCUCUCCAGGGAUUGGGGUUCAUCCUUGUAUCUCCUGGAUUGGGGUUCAUCCUUGUAUCUCCUGGAUUGGGGGAUUGGAGUUGAUCCUUGUAUCUCCAGGAUUGGCGAUUGGGAUUGAUCCUUGUAUCUCCACGAUUUCGGGUGGGUGUCAGUGUUGUAUUAAGUUGUGUAUCCCCAGGUUUUGGGGGGGGCGUUGAGGUUGAUCUGUCUCCCCAGGUUUUGGAGUUAUUCCUUGCUCCCCAGAGGUUGUACUGACUCUUGUACCCCGAGGUUUGUUGGGGGGGUGGAGGGGGGGGAGAGAGACUGUGGGAUCCCUAGGUAUUUGGGAGGUGUGGAGCAAGGGCUGUGGUUAAUCCUUCAGGCUCCAGCUUUGGGGCAUGGUGGUCAGUGCGGAUUCCCGCAGAGUUGAGGGUGAGUGUUGAUUCGCCCGGAGAGUCUCUGGGUUUAACUGUCGAUUUGAAGCUGACGGGUUAUUCUGGGACCACCCUUGAUUGCGGUUUCGUAGAGCUGGCUCUGGCUUGACUGGGGUGAGGUAGGACAGGACAUCGAGAAGAUGAUGAUGUUGAUGAUGAUGAGGAAGAUGGUAGGAGGAGGGGGAGGACCAACAGGCCGGGCCCGGGUGUCCCUGAGCUUCCUGCUGGCUCCGAACGCCCCUCGAUGGAGGUCCACAUCGGCCAGCGACCAUUACCACCAUCACCACCACCACGAGGUAGCCAAGGAGAGGUCCAAGGCUGUUAGCUCCUUCUACAACCAGUCUCUGAUCGACAGUGCGGCUGAGAAGGCAUCUGUGCGUCUGACACCCACAACGAUGCUGUACGCUGGCAAAUCCCCAGACGGAUCGCACCUCCUGCGCGGGGCCGCCUCGACAGUCCCUUGUGCCAAUAGGGGCUGUUGCUGGGCUGGGUGUGUGGCUGUGUGGUCUGCUUCGGGCCUGUGCUCUGGUCUCCGCUGUACUCACUCUGAUCUCUCUCUCUCUCUCUCUCUCUUCCCCCUCCCGCAGCAUGAGUUGUACAUUCGGGCCUUCCAAAAGCUCAGUGAGUUCCCUCCGAUCGAGAACCGCGAGGUGGAGGGCCUGUACUGCCAGCUGCUUCAGCAACUUCUCGACGACCACAAGGACGUGGUCACUCACCUGGCAGAAGGGUUCCGGGAGAGCCGCAGGCACGUCAAGGACGAGGCUGUCAUUCGCUUGUUUCUGGACAAGACUCUGACGUCGCGGCUGGGGAUGCGAAUGUUGGCUACCCACCACCUUGCGCUCCAUGAGGACCGGCCUGACUUCGUUGGCAUCAUCUGUACCCGUCUCUCGCCCAAGAAGAUCAUCGAGAAGUGGGUGGAUUUUGCCAGGCCUCCUGUCUCUCCCGGUGUUGUUGGCAGGUUUGGCUUUGGCCUGCCCACCUCCAGGGCCUACGCAGAGUAUCUGAGCGGCUCACUGGUCAUCCAGUCCCUCCAGGGCAUUGGCACCGACAUCUACCUGCGCCUCCGACACAUCGACGGCAAGGAAGAGGCUUUCCGGAUUUGAUACGGAGGGGGGGAGAGAGAGAGAGUGUGUGUGUGUGUGUGUGUGCGCGCGGGUAUCCAGAUUUCACUCCAGACCAUGAGAGAUUGGGGGGCUUACAGAGGGACCAAGGGCAGUGGAGGGAAGAGACGACCCAGUGGAAAAUGAAGAAAAUAAACCGAGCGAGGGAAAGAGAGAGGAAGAGAGAGUUUACGACAUGACCCGACACCACCAAGGCCCCACCCCUCCCCAUAACCCACUCCCACCACGCUGCCUCCUAGUGGAGACCACACUUGUGUUAGCUGCCAACUUGCCUGCCGUCAACCUGUUGGCCAUUUUGAACCCACCGCUGUCCGGUGGACGCCUCCAGCUGGGACCAGGUCGGAACGUGAGGACCGCUGCCCAGCAUCUUUAGGUGUCCUGGGCCAAGGUGGAGGGUGGUGAUUGUGUUGCCAUCAGUGGGCGGCCAUUUUAGAAAUUCUCAGUCCAUAACUGCGCCCCCCCCCGCCCCCCUCAUCCCCUGGUCUGCUCCCUAGACUUGCAGGGACCGUUAUCCACCGGUUGGGACCGCUCUCUGGCAAACUUUGGGGAGAGUGAGGGGGGGGUGCCAUCUUUAGAAAGUUGCGGAGACCAGUGGUGCUCUAGUGGCGGCCAUUUUCUUUGGCCCACUGAGGCCAGAGUGAGAAGAAACCCUGAACACUCCUCAAAUGUCUUUCCAUUCGUUGUGACAAGUCUCUCUCUGUGUGUGUCUCUCUCUCUCUCUUUCUUUCCUCGAUCACAUCAUGAGUGUCCAUUGUUGCGUCUUGAUUCGAAACAUGACCCGCCCGAUGGUAGCUGAGCACCAGCAGUAACUUCGGGAGGGUUUGUUUCUCGGGCCAUUUAGUGUGUGGGUGGGCUGGGUGAAGGAUGAUGUUAACUGGGAUGGACCGUGGGAACUGUCUGUGCACGUGCAAAGGAGAGAUGUGGGAUUAGACUGGGUGAGAUAGAUUAAAUUCGCUGGAUACCUCAGCCCCAUAUUCCUGGAGGAGUUCAGGUGGAAGGUGUUCCCAUAUCCUGCAAAAAGUCUUCUGUUUGCCUCAUGUUAAGACCCACAUGAACAGAAAAGAUGGACCAGAAGUGUUUAUUAGAGAAAUCAAUUAAUAAAAUAUCGAUCUUGA